AUGGAUAGACAAGUGGUAUAUGCUGAUUUGAAAGUAUCCAGAGAUUCCAGCCCUAAAAAUUCAUCACCCUCUUCUCUUCCUCAGGACGUCUGUCAAGGUCCACCUUGGCAUCAGUUUGCUCUGAAACUUGGCUGUGCUGGGGUUAUUCUUCUUGUCUUGAGUGUGAUCGGGUUGACUGUUUCAGUGAUAUCAUUAACACAAAAAUCAUCAAUAGAAAGAUGCAGUGUGAAUGUUCAACAGAACAGAAAUGAAACAACAGAGAGCCCAAGUCCAUUACAGUGCAUGGAACCUUGGCAGUCAUUCCAAGAUAAAUGCUUGUUGUUAUCUACAAUUAAUAAGCCUUGGAAUAUCAGUCUAGUUGAUUGUUCCACAAAAAAAUCCAGUUUACUUCUUAUUCAAGAUCAAAAGGAAUUGAGACAAAUACAGAUGCAGAUAAAAGAUGAAGGAAUUUCAUUUUGGAUUGGAUUAAAUUUUACUUUACCAGAGAAGAAGUGGAAGUGGAUAAAUGGUUCUUUUCUAAAUCCUGCAACAUUAAACAUUUUAGGUGCUAUUAAAGAAAACAGUUGUGUUUAUAUCACAAAAAAAGAUGUUUAUUCUGAAGACUGUGGUGUGGAACAUAAAUGGAUCUGCCAAAAAGGAUAA